GGUUUUGUGUUACUCCAUAAAAUUGUUAUUCGGGCUACGAUUAUUGUAAUGUAAUUCUGUUAUGCGAUUUUGUAAUGAUAUAAUAUAAUCCAUUGGAAUCAUCCACUUACAGCAACAAUGAGUUCUCCGACAGUAUCCAUGGUCGAAGAUUGGCUUGAUCAAAAUCCCGAGGCGUUUCAGGACUAUUUCUUAAAGAAAGCCGACCUGGCAUUAGUCAACCGGUGGCUGGUGCAACAUGGAUUCCACAAUCUCCAGGAAUAUAUCUCUGGGCGACUGGGUUCGGUGUCCAACGAGGGCAGCACUCCGUCAUCGCCGAUCAUAUCCGAAUCCGGAAACUUUGACUUUAAACACAGUCGAUCGAAUUCUAAGAAACAUCUAAGGCACGAUUUUGCCAGAUCUAAGAUGCGGAACAUGUUUCGGACGUACGAACCGUCUACGUCUCCGGAUUCGGGUGUUGAUGCAAGAAGGAGCAGCCUAAAGGAAAUGAGACAAUUUCGAUCACUUCCGCCCAAUUCCGUGAACAUGCUCAGUAUGUUGAUACAAUCAAGAGUGCGUUUACCGCGAUAUCCCAGUAAGGAUAUCGACAGCAAGCGCGAACUGCGAUUUACCAAUGAGAAGGAAUUCUUUCUAGAAAUAGUCAAGGAUAUCUCUAACGAUCUGGAUCUUAGAAGUUUAAGCACGAAAAUUGUGGCUAACCUGUGCGUUUUGGUUGACGCAGAUAAAGCGUCCAUUUUCAUGAUAGAAGGAAAGAACACCACUAAACCGACACUUGUGUCUAAAAUAUUUGACGUUCAUGCUGGUUCCGAUAUGUUACCCUCCCUGACCGGGGACGGUAGUAUACGGAUGCCGUGGGGAAAAGGGAUUAUUGGUUUUGUAGCAGAGACAGGAGAAACAGUUAACCUGGACGGAAACGCUUGCAAGGAUCCAAGAUACAGUGAGGAGAUUAUUGGUUAUCAAGCCGAGGAUCUUUUGUGUAUGCCAAUCAAAAACGCUGAUGAUGAAAUUAUAGGCGUGGCCCAGGUCCUUAAUAAAACCGGAUGUUCUCGCGGAUUCGACAGUGAAGAUGAAAAGCUACUAGCAACAUACCUAACAUUCUGUGGAAUAGGUAUCCACAAUGCUCAAAUAUUCGAUGCUUAUUCUAAAGAAUACGACAGGAAUAAGGCUCUAUUAGAAGUAGUACAUGAUGUAUUUGAAGAACAGACAUCAUUAGAAAGUGUGAUUUUAAAAAUAAUGCAGCGAGCUCAAACAUUACUAAAAUGUGAAAGAUGUUCUGUUUUACUUCGUGAUGAAUCCCAAGCGUCAGCAUUUAAUAAAGUGUUUGAUCUCGCCUAUCCGGCAAAAAAUGGCCACACCAAUAUGAAACGUCGGGUUGUUUAUAAAUCUGAAAAUGGUGAUAUAUGCUCUUCCAAUCGUAGUCAGGCUUUAAGUCCAGAUAAUUGUAUGGAUCUCCAGAUGGGUAAUAAAAUUGCCGAGUUGGUCCUGAUUACAGAAGAAACUAUUAAUAUCGCUGAUGCUCAAGCCGACCCGCGCUUUGAUCCAGAGACGGAUAAAGCCUUGGGAUUCCACACUAAAAGUAUUUUAUGUAAACCAAUAAGAAACAGCGACUUAAAGACAAUAGGUGUUGCUCAGAUUGUAAAUAGAAUUGAUGGUCAACCGUUUGAUGAACACGACGAAGAUUUGUUUGAGGCGUUUUCUAUAUUUUGUGGACUCGGGAUCCAUAAUUCCUGGUUGUAUGAGGAGGUUUCCAUGGCUGCAGCUAAACAAGCGGUCGCUCUAGAGACUCUGUCAUACCAUGCCUCCGUCUCGUCAGAUGAAAUUAAUGCUAUAAAGUGCAAACAAGUGCCUGAAGCUUCCGUGUGGAAACUCCAUAGAUUCGAUUUCAACGAUUUCAGUCUCCAUGGUGAUGAGAUGAUUUUAGCUGGAAUAAGAAUGUUUAAAGAUUUGGGCCUUAUUAGGAAAUUUAGAAUCGACUACGAGGUUUUAAUUCGGUGGUUAUUAACAGUGAAAAAGAAUUAUAGAAAUGUUGCCUACCAUAACUGGCGCCAUGCUUUUAAUGUUUGCCAAAUUAUGUUCGCCUCCAUGAAUAAUUGUAACACACGGCAAUAUUUUAAUGAUAAAGAAAUUCUAGCUCUAAUUGUGGCCUGUCUCUGUCAUGAUCUAGAUCAUAGAGGUACUAACAACGCUUUUCAACAGAAGUCUAGCUCACCUCUAGCACAAUUAUACGGUACAAAAGCUACGCUAGAACAUCAUCAUUUUAAUCAUGCCAUUAUGAUAUUGAACAGUGAUGGUCAUAAUAUAUUCAGCAAUUUUUCAUCUGAAGACUACAGUGAAGUUAUUAAUUUGUUAAAACAAGCCAUAUUAGCCACAGAUUUGUCAUUACAUAUACAAUUACGUGAGAAGUUCUUUUCAUUAGUUGAUGCUGGUAUAAAGAUAUGUGAUGAUCGUGAAUCUAAAGAAAUCUAUCGGAGUAUUAUUAUGACUACCUGUGAUAUAGCAGCCAUUACUAAACCCUGGGAUAUACAAAGACGGGCUGCUGAUUUGGUUGUUACAGAAUUUUUUGAUCAGGGUGAUAAAGAAAAGAAUGAGUUAAAACUUCAACCAAUGGCAUGUAUGGACAGAGAGAAACAAGAUGAAAUAGCCAAAUUACAAAUGUCGUGGAUUGAUGGCAUCUGUUUACCGCUGUAUAAGAAAUUAGCUAAAAUGGAUACCAAUUUUGAACCGAUGUUGAAAGGUGUGUUGGCUAAUCGAGACAGAUGGGAAAUACUAGACGCAGAAAGACUGGCUAAACAGGCUGUUUUAGAAACUGGCGUGUAAAGACUAACUAAACAAGCUGUUUCUAAUCUCAAUAAGCUGUUUUAGAAACUGGAGUGUAAAGACCGCUAAACAAACUGUUUUAGAAACUGGACUGUAAGAACCGCUAAAUAAGUUGUUUUAGAAACUGGAGUGUAAGGACUUUCGAAACAAGCUGUUUUAGAAACUGGAGUACUGACGUGUUAAGACUAACACAAAGGGAGUGUAAGCACUUGCCAAACAGGCUGUUUUAGAAACUGUGUGUAAAAACUAGCAAAACAAGCUUUUUGGAAACAGGCGUGUAAGACUAACUAAAUAGACUGUUUUAGAAACUGGACUGUAAUAACUAGCAAAAAAGAGCUGUUUUAGAAACCACCGUGUAAAGUUCAGCGAUAAAUACGUAACCAUUCUUUGUGUAGCUACUCGUAUCUUAAUGCAUUUCUCGUUCUAUUUCCGGAAACUAGCGCAGGUGAACAUGCCAUUUAGGACAUCGUUGUAGUCUUUUGAAGGACUACUGGACCUCGAUUCUUCAACCAAAACAACAGGAAACAAAUGCAGAUCAAAGGUUGUCCAUUCAUGUUAAUUUAAAGGCUUUAUAUUAUAUUUUAAAGCACCAUAACAAACUAGACUAUUUUAAAUGUUAAGGAUAUUGCGUGAAAGUUCUAUUCGCGGCAAGGGAUCGUUUUAUAGGCCAUUGGUGCCUCUGAAUGAACCUACCCUGAUGACGUCAUAUGGUGGGAUUUGUUUGAUGUGUUCCUAUCGCGGAAGGGGUUGUUAAAUACGCUACGCACAAGACGCUACGCAAUAUUGCUGAAGAAACAAAACGAUUUUAAUAUUAUUAUAUAACAUAUAACUAUCAAGCACAAUAGUGCAUGAGCGUUUACAAAUUUUAUAAUAUGACUCCUCAGUCAGUGGAUUUGGUCCACGUGGGGUUUUAAAUGUGGCUAUAUACGGACAAUCUUACCAAUUGAUCAAAGACGUAACAGAACCUCUAAACUAUGUAAAAAUAUUAAUUUCUUUAGGUCCACAUUAACUUUUUUUAGCCCCCCCCCCCCCCCCGAGCCUACCACAUUCACUGACUCCUUCUUGGUCAACAAUGCGUUCUUGUCAGACAUCGGGAAACCUCGGCAGACUCAGGUAACCUACAUCUAACCUCGGCUGUAUGGCGGUAAGUGAUGUGUAGCUACACUCAUACAAUUGUGAUGCGGCUACCGGCCGGUUUACUUAUUCGGAAAACUAGCCGCUUUUAGAAAGAAGUUCUCAAAAUUGCGUCGUUCGCAGAGUGUGUAGAGUUGUUUUUUUAUUUCAAAUUUGUCCUAGCAAUGUAAGCGUUUGCUAUCGGACGUACAUAACAAACAAUAUCCAGUUUCUUGAGAUAAAACACUCUUCACAUGCGUCUUCAUCGGCGCCGCCAUUUUUAAAAGUAGUUCCAAUGGUUGAAUUCCACUCGGCAAACCUCGGCAGAUUCCGUUACUCUACAUCUAGCUUCGGCUGUAUGACGGUAAUUGAUAUGUACCUACGCCUAUACAAUUGCGAUGCGGCACCGGUUUACUUAUUAGGAAAACUUGUCGCUUUUAAAAAGAAGUUAUCAAAAUUGCGUCGUUCGAAGAGUGUGUAGAAUUUUUAGUGCAAAGUUUUCCUUGUUUGAAGAAAAUAGAAUAACCUUCAAAGAAAAACAGCUUCAGACUUUGAAAUAUUUGUAUGAUAAAACAUUCUUCAAAGGCGUCGUCAUGGGCAACGCCGUUGGUAAUCCGGGAACUUGAAAGUAGUUUCAAUGGCGGACUUCGUCAUACAGCCGAGGCUAGAUGUAGGGUACUGGAAUCUGCUGAGGUUUGCCGAGUGGGGGUUUGGUGUAGGGUACCGGAGUCUGCCGACUGCCGAGGUUUACCGAAUGGGUGACUUUGAAUUUGCUUAUAAAGUUCAAUAUACUUAAUGUUUCGUGCUUACUGUUAUUACAUCAUUCUGUAACUUAAAGGCUAAUUGGCACAGUUAAUUUCGUAUUGUUUACUCUCUGGACCAAAAGCAAUGACAUAAUGUACCAAACUGCUAUAUUUAGCAAUAAACAAGGACAAUAAUUAACUUGCAAUAAUCCUGAAACAACCGGCACGUUGUCGGUUUUCAAUGAAUAUUCUACUUCUGAGGCCCCUCUCAAUUCUCCACCUUCACGACUAGUGGAAGAUGAAACAGUAUUGUGAACACAAUUAAACAAAGUCAAGGGGUAGAUCUAAUUGAUAAGGCCAACGUCAAGGUUGGUCAAAGGUCUCGAGAUGUAAACAGGGCUAGCGCUAAUCACAAUCCUAACCCUAACCUACAAUCUCACCAACAAUCACGUGCCCUAACUUUACUUACAUCUCAGCGAACUUGACGAAAAUUGAGCUGGCCUUAACAAAUAGAUCUAGCCCAAAGCCAAUGACGAAGACGGAUAUUUAAGACUACAGUGCAUUUAACAACGGAUUAUGGCAGUAUCAAAAUUAGUGCCCCCCCCCCCCCGCCACCGCCCUACCCCUGCCCCUAGAUCUUUAGGCCCUAGGCCUCAGCCUGCCAAGCCUUGGUCAAUCCGGCACAGCACCAAAGAUGGGAUUAAAAUCUUCUACAGUUGCGAAUUAACCGAUUUUUGGUCGCAAAUGUUAUGUAACGCUUUACGUACUAUAAAUCAAGUGGCAUUCUUUAUAUGUGUUUUUGAAAGAUUUUUUAAAUUUACACAGAUUUUAGCUGUGAUCAGAAAAUUAUCACCUGUGAUUGUUUUUCCUGUAUUAUGUCAGUAUUUCCAAACCCAUUAAGCCAUCAAUCGUCCUUUGCAUUUAUAGAACAAUAUCUAUAUUGGAUCACUGGAUAAUACUAGCUAGUAACCAUUAAAAUGUACGUAAAAUUUCAACUUAACCAUUAGAAAACACUGUAGGCGCCAUAACCCUGGAUCCAUGUUGCUAUUGGACAAGCGCUAAGGCUAAGGCUCAAAUAAAGGGGAAUUAACUCUCCCAUAAUAGACGUACAGUCAGAAGCUGGGUGGGUAGAUCUAUUGUGUAUUGUUUGUAAAUGAAAAUAUAUCAUAAUAUGUUCUUUCUUGUAAAUAUUAAUUUAGUUCAACAAUUGUUAACAUAUCUUAAUAAAACAUCAAAAACACCAUUCUCUAUCUCGAC